AAAAUACCACUCCAUUUCCUUUAUGAGCUUUAUUUCCUUUGUGGGUCUCUUCCAAAACAAACUCCAAGAGCUUCAAUCCCAAAGAAAGAUGAAGAACAAGGCCUCUAUCUUGUUGAAACCGAUAGUUUCUCUCUUGGGUUCUCUUUCCAAAGCCAAAGAACUCGCUGUCAAAGGCAAAUCAAAUGCAAUGAAAGCCCGCCUCAUCAUCGUUGGAUUGUUGAGAAACAAGAAGGUUUUGUUACCUGCCAUCUCUCACAAGAUCCAUGCAUUGCUGGGCCAUGAUAAAGGUGGCCACCACGACAACGGUUGCGAUGAUCACAACCGAGAAAAGGCCAUUAUCGUAUACAAUGCUUUGGCUAACGAGGCCUCUCCAGACCCAUGUCUCACAUUACAGACCGUUGAUCAUGGUGGCCAUGAUGAUGAUGAUGAUAGAUAUCCUGAUUUGACUCACUCACUAUUUGAUGAGCUGGAUUUUGACAACGGAACUGACUCAGUCAUCGAUCUGGUGCGGAAUUGUCGAGAGGACGGCUCGGAUUUCAGCUUGGAGGAUGAGAUUGAUCACGUGGCAGAUUUGUUUAUAAGGAGGUUUCACAGGCAGAUGAAGAUGCAGAAGCAGGAAUCCUUUAAGAGGUAUCAAGAGAUGCUUGAUAGGAGUGUCUAAGUUGAAAUGGAGGGAACUAACGGCUAGUUCUUUUCCAAAUAUUGGUUUGAUGUGGGGUCCACCAACCUCAAGAAAACAAGCCUCCCAAUCAGAUUAAUGGGGAUUUGUUUUUUUUUUUUUUUUUUUUUUUCUUUCUAAUAAUUCAAUGAAAUUCAGAUGUUUGGCCAUCUGGGUCUUAUAGGAUUACAUGCAUAUAAUCAUCAUCUGGCUUGGGCUUUUUAGUUCUAAGCUUUUAUUUUUUAUUUUUAACUAUUUAUAGAUUCCAUAGAAGCUGAUGUUGUAAUUGUACGUAGAAUCUUAUUGUUGUGAUAGAAGAAAAUAAGAAUAUCAUGUGUCCUGUUUCGAUCAGCCCUUUGUAAUUGGAAAUAAUAAUUCUCAAUCUUGUUGAAAUAUUUUU